AUGGACCGCGUGUCUGACAAAGUUGGUUAUGAUGUUAUGGAAAUAAAUGACAAGAUGACAUUAUGGACACAAGUGAAUACCCCGAAAGAAACAGAAAAAUCGUAGUUUUUGAUGAUCAUGUCAACGCACCAGAUAAAAUCCAACCAAAGACAGCCGAUUAUUUCAGAGACUGAAGACAUCACAAUAUUUAACCAAUCUAUCUCAGUCAAUCUCAUUAUAAUGUACUCCAGAAACUGAGAUUAAACUACAGUCAUAUGAUUCUUUAUCCUUCUGUGACAAAAAACCACAAUAAUUUGAUUGGGAAAGAGAACAUGGUCUAUCCGAAAUUAUUCGAGAGAUUGGUAUCAUAUAAAUUCCUGUUUUUGAACAAAGAGAAUAAAAGCGUGGUGUAGAAUUUUGAUGAAAUUAUCUAACGAACAUAUAUAUGAAAUCAUAUCGUGUCAGAGAAAAGAAGCAAACUGAUUGUGUUCUAAGUAAUGAAAGGUAUGAGACGACCAAAAACGACAAAAUUAUAUUAAAAUGCACCUGUGUUUCUAGUGGUGCCACUGAAACAAAGUUUAUCAAACAGGGAAACUAGAAGAGCCCUAACAAGCUGGGGGCAUUGAAAGAGGAGAUGGGAUAAUUGAUAAAAUUUUGGAACAGGGAAGCCCUUUUAAAAGAUUAUCUGAUGUACCCAAAGGCUUAUCAUUUUUAUAAGACGCUUUCAGAAGACGGACAAUGUUUAAAAUUGAAGCCCAAAAAACUGUUGCUGGAUAUAAAAGAGAAUAUGAAAAAGACAAAAGAAAUGGAUACUGAGGAAGUUUGACUGACUUGGCUUUGGAAAAGUGUUACACUGGAAGACCAAAAUAUAGAUAUCCAUUUGGGAGUGCUUUCGAUAUUCACAAAUCAAUCGGAAGGUUACCAAAACCAAGAAGUGGUUGGACCUUACCAGAUCAUAAAUGCACAGGUCCGUACGAUGAUCUGGAAUCUCAGUUGAAAUAUAAUCCCAACACUGGCGAAAAACUUGAGAUCUACGAUCAGCCGACGGGUAAAACUGAUGCAAUAGCAAUGCAACAUGACGUCAAUUAUGCCGUUUGUAAAGAUAAGAAAAAAAUGCAUGAAUAA